AUGCCACCGAAGAAAGGCGGGAAGAAGGAAGAACCAACUGAUGAGGCUCGCCUUCGUAUCGCUAUCGUCAGCAGUGACAGAUGCAAGCCCAAAAAAUGUCGCCAGGAGUGUAAAAAGAAUUGCCCCGUGAAUCGCACGGGGAAAAUGUGCAUUGAGGUCGAAGCCUCAUCCAAACUUGCAUUUAUUUCGGAACCCCUUUGCAUUGGAUGUGGUAUUUGUGUCAAAAAAUGCCCCUUCGAAGCCAUUUCAAUUAUUAAUUUACCGAAAGACUUGGGGAAAGAAACGACGCAUCGUUUCGGGCCGAACUCAUUCAAACUUCAUCGUUUGCCCAUGCCAAGGCCGGGACAAGUGUUGGGUCUCGUUGGAACGAAUGGUAUUGGGAAGUCGACUGCAUUGAAAAUUUUGACUGGAAAACUGAAACCGAAUCUUGGACGUUUUGAUUCCCCGCCUGAGUGGAAAGAGAUUUUAGAAUAUUUCCGAGGGUCAGAACUUCAAAACUAUUUCACUCGCGUCUUAGAGGAUGAUUUGAAGGCUCUUAUGAAACCUCAAUAUGUUGACGUUUUGCCAAAACAAACUCGGGAUCAAGUUGGUCGAAUUAUCGAGCAGAAGGGACAAGUUUCGAAUGUCCAAGAAUUGGUCGACAAUCUAGAUUUACGCCAUCUGCUGGAAAGGAAUGUUAGUGAUCUUUCUGGCGGGGAGUUGCAACGAUUCGCCAUUCUUGUCACGGCAAUUCAACAUGGGAAUGUCUACAUGUUUGAUGAACCAUCGUCGUAUCUUGAUGUCAAACAGCGUCUUCAAGCGGCUAGAGUGAUUCGCAACUUACUAAGUUGUGAUAAUUAUAUCAUCGUUGUGGAACACGAUCUCUCUGUCCUUGAUUAUCUCUCUGAUUAUGUCUGUUGCUUGUGGGGAUCGCCCGGCCAUUACGGCGUUGUUACGAUGCCCUUCAGCGUUCGAGAAGGAAUCAACGUGUUUCUGGAUGGUUUUAUCCCAACAGAAAAUCUUCGCUUUCGAGAAGAGUCGUUAAACUUCAGAUUAGCGCAGGAUACUGAUGAAGAGAUCAAGCGAUCAAGUUUCUAUAGAUAUCCAGCGCUCAAGAAGACUUUGGGAACGUUUUCCCUGACUGUUGAACCUGGCGAUUUCAACGAUUCUGAAAUUAUUGUGAUGUUGGGACAAAAUGGGACUGGGAAAUCAACAUUCAUUCGAAUGUUAGCAGGACUGCUGAAGCCAGACGAGGAGGACGCUGAGCUUCCAAGAUUGCAUGUCAGCUACAAGCCUCAAACAAUUUCAGCGAAGUUUGAAGGCACCGUGAGACAAUUGUUUCAUACGAAAAUACGAGAGGCGUUCGGGCAUCCUCAGUUCUUAACUGAUGUUGUGAAGCCGCUACAAAUUGAUCAACUGUUGGAUCAGGAGGUUCAAGUCCUUUCAGGUGGUGAACUUCAGCGAGUCGCGCUGAUUCUUGCACUUGGAAAACCGGCAGACAUUUAUCUGAUCGACGAGCCGUCUGCUUAUUUGGAUUCCGAACAGCGCAUUAUGGCGUCGAAGGUUAUUAAACGAUAUAUUCUUCAUGCGAAAAAAACAGCAUUUGUUGUUGAGCAUGAUUUUAUCAUGGCAACUUAUUUGGCUGACCGAGUUGUCGUCUAUGAUGGUGAACCAGGAGUUGACUGUUUCGCUCGCUCCCCUGAACCACUUGUUACUGGAAUGAAUCGCUUCUUGAAAAUGCUCGACAUCUCGUUCCGUCGCGACCCGACAAACUUCCGUCCACGGAUAAACAAGCUCGACUCCGUGAAAGAUCGGGAACAGAAGCUAUCUGGGAACUUUUUUCAUUUGGACGAUGAUUGA